UUAUUGUGCACCGGUCUGACUGACUGACUGACUGACUGACUGCAGCGUCUCCCAAAAGUUUGACCGGCUUCUCUCUUAUUACCUUCAGCUGCGCGUUUGUUGUCUGUUGACCAAACAACCAGACAACCAGACAACCGACAACCGAGCACCCGAACCGGCACCGAGCUGUGCGCCACGGUGACGCACGGAGGCGCACAGAGGAGAAAGUUUGUGGAGGAGUCUGCUGGAGGAGUAACCCAUGAAACAAAGAGUAAAUUUACUACUGACUGACUGACUGUGCUCCGGAGGAAGACCAUGGACUGAAAGUCUCGGAUGUGCGUCCCCUUCUGGUUUCUGUUGUUGCUUGGAUCACACACACAACACAUGAGUCGGAUUGGCCGCACGCGGGGUUUCCACGCAGUAAAUCCUCGGGGAUUAAAAUAAGAAGCGAUGGAUAAUUUCUUCACCGAGGGUGACCGGGUGUGGUUAUGGGAGGAUGAGCAGUACCUCCCCAGCACCGUGUCCUCAUGCUCUGGAGGUGUUGUUGUCUUUGCCACAGACUAUGGACAGGUCUACACCUACAAGCAGAAUGCACUCACCCGACAGAAGGUGCAGCCCAUGCACCACAGCAGCAUCAGAGGGGUGGAGGACAUGGCGUCCCUCGAGGACCUCCACGAUGGCGCCAUCAUGCACAACCUCUUCCUGCGCUACCAGCAGAGACACAUCUAUACGUACAUCGGCUCCAUCCUGGCGGCGGUCAAUCCUUACCAGUCGCUCCCCGGCCUGUACGACCGGCCGGCCGUGGAGACGUACAGCCGACACCACCUCGGCGAAAUCUCGCCGCACAUCUUCGCCGUCGCCAACGAGUGUUACCGCUCGCUGUGGAAGAGGCUGCAGAACCAGUGUGUCCUCAUCAGUGGAGAGAGCGGCGCCGGGAAAACAGAAAGCACCAAGCUGAUCCUCAAGUUCCUGUCAUGCAUGAGCCAACACUCCCUGGAGGUGUCGUCCAGAGACAGGACGUCACACGUGGAGGAGGCGCUGCUGGAGAGCAGUCCCAUCAUGGAGGCUUUCGGAAACGCCAAGACGGUCUACAACAACAACUCCAGCCGCUUUGGGAAGUUCGUCCAGCUGCAUUUCAGCCAGAAGGGCAACAUCCAGGGAGGCCGGAUUGUUGACUACCUCUUAGAAAAGAACCGAGUGGUCCGACAGAACCCCGGGGAGAGAAACUAUCACAUUUUCUACGCCCUGUUAGCAGGAACCAACACCCAGCAGAAAGAGGCGUUCGGGUUGACCCAUCCUGACGCGUACCAUUACCUGAGACAGUCCAGCUGCCUCGCUGACAAGACAAUCAACGACACCGGCACUUUUCAGGACGUUCUGAAUUCCAUGCGAACGAUGCAGUUCACGGAGGAGAACAUCGGCGAGAUCCUGCGCCUCCUGGCCGGGAUCCUCCACGCGGGGAACAUCGAGUUCAUGACGGCCGGAGGAGCGCAGGUCUCCUCCAAAUCAGCAGCUCUCAGCCGGACGUCCGACCUCCUGGGGCUGAACUCGGACCAGCUGGCCGAGGUCCUGACCCAUCGGUCCAUGAUCCUCCGGGGCGAGGAGAUCUCCACACCGCUGACUGUGGAACAGGCCGUGGACUCCAGAGACUCCAUGGCCAUGGCACUUUAUUCUCAGUGUUUCAACUGGAUCAUCCGCAAGCUCAACAUCCGCAUCAGGGGAAAAGAAGACUUCAAGUCCAUCAGCAUCCUGGACAUCUUCGGAUUUGAGAACUUUGAGGUCAACCGCUUCGAGCAGUUCAACAUCAACUAUGCAAAUGAGAAGCUUCAGGAAUAUUUUAACAAGCACAUUUUCUCCCUGGAGCAACUUGAAUACAACAAGGAGGGUCUGGUUUGGGUCGACAUCAACUGGAUGGACAACGGCGAGUGUCUGGAUCUGAUUGAGAAGAAACUGGGUCUCCUGGCACUGAUGAAUGAGGAGAGUCACUUCCCCAAAGCCACAGACGACACCUUACUGGAGAAACUCCACAGCCAGCACUCGAAAAACCCUUUCUAUGUGAAACCACGCGUGGCUGUGCACUACUUUGGAGUCCGGCACUAUGCAGGAGAGGUGGUGUACGACGUGAGGGGGAUGCUGGAGAAGAACAGGGACACGUUCAGAGACGACAUCCUCAACCUGCUGAGGGAGAGCAGGCUGGACUUUGUCUAUGAUCUCUUUGAACACGUGCUGAGUCGAAACAAGCAGGACACCCUGAGGAGCACGUCCAAGCACAGACGGCCCACCGUCAGCUCGCAGUUUAAGGGUUCUUUGCACUCUCUGAUGGCCACGCUCAGCACCUCCAACCCGUUCUUCAUCCGCUGCAUCAAACCCAACACACACAAGAUGCCUGACCAGUUCGACCAGACGUUGGUUCUGAACCAGCUCAGAUAUUCUGGCAUGUUGGAGACGGUCAAGAUUCGACGCACCGGCUUCCCCAUCAGGAGACAUUUCCAAGACUUCUGCUCCAGGUACAAGGUGUUGAUGCGGGAUGUGAUGCUGCCAGAUGACCCCAAGGGGAGCUGCAUCCAGCUGCUGCACCUCUACGACAGCAGCAGUGCAGACUGGCAGCUGGGCAAGACCAAGGUCUUCCUUCGGGAGUCUCUGGAGCAUCGCCUGGAGAAGCAGAGGGAGAUGGAGGUGCUGAAAGCAGCCAUGAUCAUCCAGGCUCACGUGAUGGGCUACAUGGCCAGGAAGCAGUACAGGAAGCUGCUGCAGUGCAUCGUGGUCAUUCAGAAGAACUACCGGGCUUUCUACUGGAGGAGGAGGUUCCUGCUCCUCCGCUGGGCAGCGCUCACCUUCCAGAAACGCGUGCGAGGCCAGCUGGCCCGCCGGGCCUACAGCCAACUGCUGGAGGAGAGGAGGAGGAGGAGGGAGGAAGAGGAGCGCUGCAGGAGGAGGAGGGAGGAGGAGGAGGAGAUGGAGAGGAAGAGACAGAAGCUGGAGGCUGAGAGACUCGCCAGAGAGAUCGAGGAGGCCAGAAGACUGGAAGAGCUUCAUCGCACUGAGGAGUUGGUGUCUCUGGCUCAGCCUCCGCCUCCAGUGGCAGCUGCAACGUUGUCAGUCGGCUUGGAGGAGCUGGAGUCAGCAGAAGCCCUCGAGGAGGCAUCUGAAGAAGAGGAGCCGGUCCGUCCUCACGAGGCCACUCAGGUGGAGGAGAUCCUUCGAUUGGAGCGGGAGAUCCAGGUGCUGCAGAGGCAGAAGGAGCGUCAGGAGCUCUCUCUGACCGAGGCCUCCCUCAACCGCCUGCAGCUUCUCCGUGACCAGGAGCUCAGGCGUCUGGAGGACGAGGCCUGCAAGGCGGCGCAGCAGUUCCUCGAGUCGCUCAACUUUGACGAGAUCGACGAGUGCGUGAGGAACAUCGAGAGCUCAUUGGGAGUCAACGAAGGUGAUGAGAAGGAGAAAGAGGGGAGACGGAGGAGAGGCAAUGACGAGGAAGAGGUGGACGAAGGGUUUGGGGCUGAUGACGAGGCCUUCAAAGACUCGCCGAACCCAAGCGAGCACGGCCACUCGGACGGCCAGCGGACAAGCGGGAUCCGAACGAGCGAUGACUCGUCUGAGGAAGAUCCAUACGCCAAUGAUGGAGUGAUCCCACCACUGCCGCCGACCACCCUGCUUCACCAGCCGCUGCCUUUACCACCGGUGCCCCCCGUCUGCCACAGCGCCUCAUCCAGCGGGGACUCAGCCUACUGCCACCCCCAGGCUUCAUCAGAGGCUCAGUCCGAUGACCUGGUGGAACUCAUCCCACCAGACGAGGAUUCAGACUACGACCAGGACGACUACGAUGAGGGCGCCAUCGUGUCCAGUGGCAGCGUGGCCUUCUCCAACCCUCGCAGCGGCCAAUGGUCUCCGGACUACCGCGGCUCUGUAGGCACCUACAACAGCUCAGGGGCUUACCGCUUCAGCUCGGAGGGGGCUCAGUCAUCGUUUGAGGACAGCGAGGACGACUUCGACCGGUUUGACACCGACGACGAGCUGUCGUAUCGGCGGGACUCCGUCUACAGCUGCGUCACGCUCCCGUACUUCCACAGCUUCCUCUACAUCAAAGGCGGUCUGAUGAACACGUGGAAGCGGCGCUGGUGCGUCCUAAAGGACGAGACCUUCUUGUGGUUUCGGGCCAAGCAGGAGGCUCUGAAGCAGGGCUGGCUGCACAAGAAGGGAGGGGGAUCGUCCACGCUGUCCCGCCGCAACUGGAAGCGGCGCUGGUUCGUGCUGCGGCAGAGCAAGCUCAUGUACUUCGAGAACGACGGCGAGGAGAAGAUGAAGGGCGUGCUGGACAUGCAUAACGCCAAAGAAAUCAUUGAUAACACCGGUAAGGAGAACGGACUCGACAUUGUGAUGCCGGAGAGGACGUACCAUCUGAUCGCAGAGUCUGCAGAGGAUGCCAGCCAGUGGUUCAGCGUGCUGAGUCAGGUCCACGGAUCCACAGAGCAGGAGAUCCGAGAGAUGCACGACGAGCAGGCCAAUCCCCAGAACGCCGUGGGAACGUUGGACGUGGGGAUGAUCGAUUCAGUUUGUGCUUCAGAUAAUCCAGAGAGGCCGAACUCCUUCGUCAUGAUCACGGCGAACCGCGUGCUGCACUGCAACGCCGACACGCCCGAGGAGAUGCACCACUGGAUCACUCUGCUGCAGCGCUCCAAAGGAGACACCCGCGUGGACGGACAGGAGUUCAUCAUCCGAGGCUGGCUGCACAAAGAGAUGAAGAACAGCACCAAAGCGUCGCUGAAGCUGAAGAAGCGCUGGUUCCUGCUCACCCACAAUUCCCUGGACUACUACAAGAGCUCGGAGCGUAACGCCCUGAAGCUGGGAACGCUGGUGCUGAACAGCCUGUGCUCAGUGGUUCAGCCCGACGAGAAGAUCUUCAAAGAGACCGGAUACUGGAACGUGAUCGUGUACGGACGCAAACACUCGUACCGCCUCUACUGCAAGCUGCUGAACGAGGCCACGCGCUGGGCCAACUCCAUCCAGAACGUCAUCGACACCAAAGCUCCCAUCGACACGCCGACCCAGCAGCUCAUCCAGGACAUCAAGGAGAACUGUCUGAACUUGGAGGUGGUGGAGCAGAUCUACAAGAGGAACCCCAUCCUCCGCUACAGCCACCACCCGCUGCACUCGCCGCUGCUGCCGCUGCCCUACGGAGACAUCCACCUCACAGCUCAGAGAAACAGAAGCUACACGACGCUGCAGGCCGAAGCCCUCAAGGUGUUCAGCUCUCUGCAGCACCUGGAGGGCGUGGCCGACCCGGUGCCCAUCAUCCAGGGCAUCCUGCAGACCGGCCAGGAGCUCAAACCUCUGCGGGACGAGCUCUUCUGCCAGCUGAUCAAGCAGACCACGCGACCGCCGCAGCCCGGAAGCCCCGGCAACCUCUGCAGCUGGAAGAUCCUGGCCUGCAUGUCCUGCACGUUCGUCCCGACCAGGAGCAUCCUCAGAUACCUCAAGUUCCACCUCAGGAGGACUCGCGAGCUGUUCCCCGGCUCGGAGAUGGAUCGUUACGCCGCCUUCGCCCUCGACUCCCUGAGGAAGACUCGAGCCAGAGAGAACGUCCCGUCCCAGGAGGAGAUCCGCUCCAUCGUGGCCCGGCAGGACAUGAGCACCACCGUUCACUGUCACGGAGGAGGAUCCUGCAAGAUCACCAUCAACUCGCACACAACAGCCGGAGAGGUGGUGGAGAAGCUGAUUCGCGGCCUGGCCAUGGAGGACAGCAGGAACAUGUUUGCUCUGUUUGAACACAACGUCACCACGGAGAAAGCCAUCGAGAGCCGCACAGUGGUCGCAGACGUGCUCGCCAAGUUUGAAAAGCUUUCAGCCAGCGCAGACGAACACAACACCGGCUGGAAGUUUUACUUCAAGCUCUACUGCUUCUUGGACACGGACAACGUUCCCAAAGACAGCGUGGAGUUCGCCUUCAUGUUUGAACAGGCCCACGAAGCCGUCAUCCGCGGUCAGUAUCCGGCCCCUGAGGAGACGCUCCAGUUCCUGGCUGCACUGAGGCUUCAGUACCUCCUGGGCGAUCACAGCUCCCAGGCCAGCUUCCCUGAGAUGUCCCAGGUGUUUCCCAUGGUGCGACUGCGUGCCCGGGUGCAGAACUCGGCCAAGACGUUCACUCCGGGCGCCGGCUCGGUGGCCGAGCGCUCGGGGACGGCGGAGAGGAAACGCUCGAGCUUCCUGGAGGGAACGCUGAGGCGGAGCUUCAGGAGCGGCUCGCUCAGCCGGCAGAAGCUGGAGGAGGAGAACAGCCUGGAGGCGUGGAUGAGGGAGGAGGCGGCGGCGGUGAGGACCAGCGUGAUGGACAAGUGGAAGAAACUGCAGGGGAUGAACCAGGAGCAGGCCAUGGUCAAAUACAUGGCUCUGGUGAAGGAGUGGCAGGGAUACGGAUCCACGCUGUUCAACGUCGAGUGCCGGGACGGAGCGUUCCCCUCCGAGCUGUGGCUUGGCGUGAGCCGGGAAGCGAUAUCGGUGUACAAGCGAGGCGAGCCGUGGCCUCUGGAGGUUUUCCCGUACGAGCAGAUUCUGUCCUUCGGAGCUCCGCUGCCCAACUCCUACAAGAUCGCCGUGGAGGGCCGAGAGCUGGUCUUUGAGACGCACAUGGUCAUGGACAUCGCCAAGCUCAUGAAGGCGUACAUCAGCAUGAUCGUCAAGAAGCGCUACAGCAACUGCCAGUCCGUCAGCAGCCACGGCAGCCAGUGCAGCGCCUGGUGAACGCCGCCUCUUUAAACCUUUCAGCUUAUGGCCACUUGCCAGAGCGCCGCUGAGGGUCGAGGGUGGCGGCCGCCGCCGGCCGGCCACGCAAGGACACCCCGUCCUCGGCGCUCUGGAGAGAGCAGCUCGUACAUUCUGACAUGUCAAAACUGACUCUGAAUGCUGGAGACAAACCACGAUGCUCUUAAUGUUAACUAGCUCAAAUUCUUAUUUUUUGACUGGUUUUAUUCCAAAACAUGGAAACAUCCAAACAGAACUUUGACAGAAACACAGUCAGGAAUCAUUAAAGCUGGAAGAAUCAAACAUAUCUAUGCUCGGUCCAGAAAAUGUCGACCGAAGCCGACAUGACCUGCUCAAACAUCUUGUUCUGUCCUAAAAGAAAUUCAGUUUGAUGUCGAAGAAGACAAAAGAAAAUAUUUAAAUUUAAAAAGCUAAAAUCUGAGAAUUAAAAAAUGAAGAUCCAAAUCGAUGAAUCGACUGUGAAAAUAUCGACCAUCAUCGAUCUGCCAGGAAGUGAAACUAGAAACAGAAACAUCAGCAGAGACAAAUACUGACGUCAUGUAUUUGUCAGCAGGCGUAAAUCAAACUCAGUUUGCAUCAUUGCAUUGAUUCAUUUGUUCCCUGAAGCCAUGAAAGGCCUUGAAUUUAAGUUUUUAUGACCGCGGUUGGAGAAAUAUCAAAGUUUAUACAGUGAAAAUAAAUCUACAAUAACACAAUGUUGUGUUGAACAGCAAAGUCCAGAAGUC